CGCGUAUCCUGGAACUGUACAGUUCUCGGCCUUUACCGGAUGGCUGGUAAACCUUAUUCUCCUGUAGUGGCACAACAGGAGCAAACAGCCGCUCAUCGUCGCGCAAAAGGUCUAAGGCCACCUUGCAUCAAGAUCCCUCAAGCACCUCAAAAUGGCCACCACCCUUCCCAAGGACGUCUCAAAGCUCGGUCAGGAAAUUAAAUUGUUCGGAAAGUGGGAUACCCAAGAUGUCGAAGUGAAGGACAUUUCCCUCACGGACUACAUCCAAGUCCGCCAUGCCGUUUACUUGCCCCACACUGCUGGCCGUUAUGCCAAGAAGCAGUUCAAGAAGGCACAAAUGCCCAUCGUCGAGCGAUUGGUUGACAGUUUGAUGAUGAAGGGCCGCAACAACGGCAAGAAGCUUAUGGCUGUCCGCAUUGUUGCACAUGCAUUCGAGAUCAUCCACCUCCUUACCGACCAGAACCCCAUCCAGGUUCUCGUUGAUGCUAUCGUCAACACUGGCCCUCGGGAAGACUCCACCCGUAUUGGUUCUCAGGGUACCGUCCGUCGUCAAGCCGUCGAUGUCUCACCCCUGCGGAGAGUCAACCAGGCCAUCUCCCUCCUAACUAUCGGUACGCGGGAGUCUGCCUUCCGCAACGUAAAAUCCAUCGCCGAGUGUCUUGCUGAUGAGCUCAUCAACGCCGCCAAGGGUUCCUCGAACUCAUACGCUAUCAAGAAAAAAGAUGAGCUCGAGCGUGUUGCCAAGUCUAACCGGUGAAAACUGCUGCUCGCAUACUUGGGAGGACCUGCGCGGUCUGAGUGUGACUGCUAUGGUCUUUCUGGAUAUUCUUUUUUUCUGCUUCACCAUCAAC